AUGAGACGAGGUGGAUGGAGGAGGCGAGCUGAAAAUGAUGGCUGGGGAAACUGGGGUGGAUAUAUGGCUGCCAAGGUCCAGAAAUUGGAGGAACAGUUUCGAUCAGAGGCUGAAAUGCAGAAGGAUGGAAUUUCAUCUACAAUUUUCAGUGGAGUUGCUAUCUAUGUUAAUGGAUAUACAGAUCCUUCUGCUGAGGAAUUGAGAAAGCUAAUGAUGUUGCAUGGAGGCCAGUACCAUGUGUAUUACUCCAGAUCCAAAACAACACACAUUAUUGCCACAAAUCUUCCCACUGCCAAAAUUAAAGAAUUGAAGGGGCAAAAAGUAAUUCGGCCGGAAUGGAUUGUGGAAAGCAUCAAAGCUGGACGGCUCCUGUCCUACAUUCCCUAUCAGCUGUACAGCAAGCAGUCACCUGUGCAGAAAAGUCUCAACUUCAACCCUGUCUGCAAACCUGAGGACCUGGCGCCUGGUCCAAGCAAUGGAGCCAAACAGCUCAACAACAGGGUAAAUCACGUAAUUAAGAAGCUUGAGACAGAAAAAGAAAUCAAAGCCAAUGGGAUGAACAGUUGGAAUGAAGAAGAUGCAAGUAGUGAUUUUAGUUUUGCGGAGCUGGAGCAGAUCCUUCCAGAAAGGAGACAAAACGGGAUUCCGCCUCCCAGAGACAGCCCUGCCAUUUUCAAUGGCCACUCUCAGGGCUCUAAUGGUGCCUUAAAGACACAGGACUGCUGGGUGCCCGUGGGCACCAGUGCUGCCAGCAGGCUUUCCCCAGACUCUGCCCAGAGGGAGGAGGAGGCUGAGAAUAGCAGCACUGACUUCAGAGACUGCAGCGUGCAGCUGUCGCAACAAAGCACCAGGAACACAGAUGCCGUGCGGAAUCCACACAGAACUAAUUCCUUCUCGUUCUCAUCUUUGCACACUAACACUAAAGUAAAUGGUGCUCACUACUCCACUGUUCAGGGGCCUUCAAGCACAAAAAGCACUUCAGGACCUACUCUUAGCAAGGCAGCACCUUCAGUGCCCUCCAGACCCUCAGACUGCAGUUUUAUUUCAGACUUCUAUUCUCGUUCAAGACUGCAUCACAUAUCAAUGUGGAAGUGUGAACUGACUGAGUUUGUCAAUAGCCUACAAAGACAAAGUAAUGGUAUCUUCCCAGGAAGGGAAAAGUUAAAAAAAAUGAAAACAGGCAGGUCUGCCCUUGUUGUAACUGACACAGGAAAUAUGUCAGUAUUGAGUUCACCCAGACAUCAGAGCUGUAUAAUGCAUGUUGAUAUGGAUUGCUUCUUUGUAUCAGUGGGUAUACGAAAUAGGCCAGAUCUCAAAGGAAAACCCGUGGCUGUAACAAGUAACAGAGGCACAGGGAAGGCACCUCUGCGUCCAGGAGCUAACCCCCAGCUGGAGUGGCAGUACUACCAGAAUAAAAUCCUAAAAGGCAGAGCAGACUUGGGUCCUGGCCUCUGA